AUACAUGAUACAUAUACUGUAUGCAUAUUUGAAUUGAGGUGGACGGUCUAUAGCUCAAAUCAACCGGAAGCUUCAUAACUCUCUUCACCGGACUAUCUAUAAAGGGUUCUGUUGGUCAAGAUUCUGUUUUUAGGGUUUCGUGGUUUAGGUCAAGAUUCAAGUGGAUUGUUACAAAUUGAGAUUGGUUUUUGUGUUUUUUCAGAGGUUUGGGGUUUUAGGUUUGUGGGGUUUGCUUGAUUGAGUGGCGAGGACAAGAUUAGGGUCAUGGCGUCGUAUCGGCCAUUCCCACCACCUCCGCAGUCUACUUUUGUGGCUCAGCCUCCUCCCCCGAAUCAGAACCCGCUUGCGCCUCCUCAAUCACGAGGAGGAUCAACUCAGUAUUCGCAGAAUUGGGGUGAUGGGUCUUCUUAUCAGCAAGGUUAUCAGUCUAAUACGAGCUUUCAGCAGCCACAUUAUGGGGCUCCUCCAAGAAGUCAGGUUCCUGUAGGUCUUCCUCCUCAACAUCAACAACAGCAGUAUCCGUAUCCCCCACCGCCGCCACCCGAGUCUUCUUACCCGCCUCCCCCACCUCCUUUGGCCCAAAAUUCAAAACCCCUCCAACCGCCAAUGUACUAUCCAUCUUCACAGUACUCCCAAUACAAUAACCAGCCUAUGCAGCCAUCGCAACCACCUCCUCCUUCGUCUCCUCCAAGUUUAAAUGCUCCCCCACCUCCUCCCCCACCGUCUUCACCUCCACCUCCACCUCCUACUCAAAGCAAGGAGAUUAAAGUAGAAACAAGUGAUAGGGGGGCUAAAAAGGACGGAACUUUAAAUCAAGGGUUGUUCUCCAGACAACAUAAGCCAUCUAUUCCCGUUGCACCAGGAAGAAGAUCAAAUGGUCCUCCGGGGAGGGUUGAGACAGAGGAGGAGAGGAGAUUGCGCAAGAAGAAGGAAUAUGAAAAACAAAGACAAGAAGACAAGCACAGGCAGCAGUUAAAAGAUUCUCAAAAUAAAGUGCUGCAUAAGACCCAAAUGUUAUCCUCCGGAGCAAAAAUGCCUGCAUCAAUUACUGGUUCACAUAUGGGUGACAGAAAGGCCACACCAUUUCUGAGUGCAGACCGGAUCGAAAAUCGAUUGAAGAAACCAACAACGUUUAUCUGCAAGAUGAAAUUCCGCAAUGAACUACCAGAUCCGACGGAACAGCGAAAGCUUAUGACACUGAAAAGAGAUAAAGAUCGGUUAUCAAAAUAUAGAAUUACUGCUUUGGAAAAACUACACAAGCCUCAAUUAUAUGUCGAGCCAGACCUCGGGAUUUCUCUUGAUCUGCUUGAUCUUAGUGUGUACAAUCCUCCAAAGGGGGAGAUCCUUUACCUUGAUCCUGAAGACGAGGCAUUGUUGCGGGAUGAUGAUCCUAUAACUCCAAUAAAAAAAGAUGGCAUUAAAAGAAAGGAUCGCCCUACUGACCAAGGGGUUUCCUGGCUGGUGAAAACACAAUAUAUCUCUUCUGUCAAUAUGGAUUCCACAAAACAGUCUCUCACUGAAAAGCAAGCGAAAGAACUGAGAGACCGGCAAAGAGGGCGCGGUAUUCUUGAUAGUUCAAACAAUAGGGGGAGGAGAAUCCAAGAGAUUAAGUCUUCAUUUGAGGCAUGCAAGACCAGGCCUGUGCAUUCAACUAAUAAAAGUUUACAACCUUUAGAAGUUUUGCCUCUGUUUCCUGAUUUUGAGAGGUAUGAUGACCGGUUUGUCAUUGCAAACUUUGAUAGCGCUCCUACUGGUGAUUCAGAAGUCUACCAGAAGUUAGAGAAAUCAGUUCGUGAUGCCCACGAAUCUCAGGCCAUUAUGAAAAGUUAUAGGGUGACAGGUUCAGACAACGCCGAGGAAGAAAAAUUUAUGGGCUACAUGGCUCCUUCUCUUGAUGAGCUUUCCAAAGACAUGUAUGAUGAAAAUGAAGAUAUAUCAUUCACAUGGGUCCGCGAAUAUCACUAUGAUGUACGUGGUGAGGAUGCAGCAGAUUUGACCACAUACCUCGUCUCGUUUGGUGAAUCAGCAGCAGGCUACGUGCCUCUUCCUGCCAAACUUGUCAUGAGGAAGAAGAGGGCAAGAGAAGGGAAAUCGACAGAUGAGAUUGAACAUUUUCCAGCACCCUCUGCGGUUACUGUAAGAUGGAGAGCCGAUGUUUCUGUUGGAGAAGUGAUUGAAUCGAAGAGUUACUCAGGCGCCAGGGGUAGUGCUUCAACAUCCAAACGUCAAAGAAUAUAUAAUGGAAGCACUUCAAGGCAGCGCAAUGUUAGUCACCAUGAAAGAGAUUAUUCUAGUGGAGCUGAGGAUGACUUGAAUGAUGAUAUUUGAUUAUAAUACAACUCUAGAAUGAAAAUUGAGGAAGCCCAGGGUAAAAAAAACUUUAGCCUUUCAGUUUUUAUUAUUUUUGGUAAAUUUGAUAGUUUUCUUGGCCAAAAUGUUGGCUCUACCUUUUCUUUGUUGGUUUAGAUUAUCUUCUACCUAACCUCACCCUUCCAUUCUCGUGGCAGUCCUCUACAAUGUAAAAAUUAUCCGGGAAGGGGGGAAGUCAAGUUAUGGGGAAAGAUUGUAAACCAAACCAAUAUUUGAUUGGACAUGCAGUUUCUUGAAUAGAAGGUUCAGUUGUAUGUAAUUUUUGCCCGAGCAGAACAAAAGUUAAAAAAAAAUUAAGGGUAAGACAUAUUCUUAAGGGCUAGAGUAGCUAAGUUUGGAAUAACACUUCUUGGUAUAGGACCCAAGGACACUAGCUUGUUAGUUUAUGUAAGAUCUUAUUUUUGGCUCAGUUGAUUUUAUUUUUCAUUUCUUUU